AUGUGGUGCCUUGGUUUUAUGUUAUUACUAUCGUUACAUUCACUUUACGUUAAAGCCGACGUUGGUGAUACAGAUUUAAACGAUUUAUCGGAACAGCAAAACUCCGUGAAAAUUAACAAGUGUUGUGAACAUAAUGAGAUUAUGGUCAACUCAGUUUGUAGACUGGCUGAAAAAUAUAAUGAAAGUGUGUGGAGUCCUCAAUUUAAAACUGAAGAUGGCAAAGAUACUACUGUAAAGUAUUUCAGAUAUGUUUACGGAGUACCAAACUGCGAGACCACACAGAAAAGACCGAUAUUCAACCUAGGAACGUCUGAAGAUGAACUGAGUCUUUUAUCCGAUGGACGGUUGAGACAUCUUAUACACCAUCAACAUGUUGAUAGCCUUGUUAAAGACGACCCAUUAAUGAAAACUAUACUUAUCCAUGAGGCAAUUGAUAUACCGGCUGUUAAAGAACCGUCGUCAUACAAUCAUGAUCAGAACAAAUAUUGUAUGGACAAGAUUCUAAUAACAGGUUCAAAUGUCACAGGUCUAUAUGGAUUGGUAUGUGUUCCAGAAGUGAAGAUUAAUAGGAGAGAAAAGAGUUUCUUAAUAUAUUAG